AUGAUGUACUUGAUAAUAGGAUUGUGGGCAUUCAUUUGGAGCAGUAAUAAAGCUGGAGGGAGCCCUUGUGGGGCCGGGCUGGGGGGAUGGGUGACCUCACAGGCUAAGCAGCCCGGGAGCUUGGAGCUGUUCCUCCCAGACCCCGGUCGGCCCGGGAAGUCCGGAGCGGGAGGACGGCUCCAUGGGAGGCUGAGCCCACGCCAGGACCCUGCCUCCGGGGCAGAGGGCACCAUGGCCCUGGCUUGGGAUGCUCUGCUGGCUCGGGUGAAGGACGUGUGCCGGAGGAAUGGCUUGCUUAUCCUGUCCGUUCUGUCUGUCAUCAUAGGCUGCCUCCUGGGCUUCUUCCUGAGGACCCGGCACCUCUCGCCCCAGGAAGUUAGUUACUUCCAGUUCCCUGGAGAGCUGCUGAUGAGGAUGCUGAAGAUGCUGAUCCUGCCCCUUGUUGUGUCAAGUCUGAUGUCAGGCCUGGCAUCCUUGGACCCCAAGACUUCCAGUCGCUUGGGAAUCCUCACCGUGGCCUACUACCUCUGGACCACCUUUGUCGCCGUCAUUGUGGGCAUUGUCAUGGUCUCCAUCAUCCACCCUGGUGGAGCAGCCCAGAAGGAGAUCACGGGCCAGAGUGGGAAGCCUAUCAUGAGCUCGGCCGACGCCCUGCUGGACCUGAUCAGGAAUAUGUUUCCGGCAAACCUGGUCGAAGCCACCUUCAAACAGUACCGCACCAAGACCACCCCGAUGGUCAAGUCGAACAAGGCAGAGCCGUCGGAGGCUACCCCCCAUCGCAUCCUCAUCUACGGGGUCCAGGAGGAGAACGGCUCCCAGGUGCAGAACUUCGCCCUGGACCUCACACCCGCCCCCGAGGUGGUGUACAAGUCCGAGCCGGACACUAGCGACGGCAUGAACGUGCUGGGGAUUGUCAUUUUCUCGGCCACCAUGGGGAUUAUGCUGGGCCGCAUGGGGGACAGUGGAGUCCCCCUCGUCAGCUUCUGCCAGUGCUUGAAUGAGUCUGUCAUGAAGAUCGUGGCUGUGGCUGUGUGGUACUUCCCCUUUGGUAUCGUGUUCCUCAUCGCUGGGAAGAUCUUGGAGAUGGAUGACCCCACAACCAUUGGGAAGAAGCUCGGCUUCUAUGCUAUCACCAUAGUCUGUGGCCUGAUAGUUCACGGACUCCUCAUCCUCCCCAUGCUGUACUUUGUCAUCACCAAGAAGAACCCCAUCAUCUUCAUCCGGGGCAUCCUCCAAGCCUUGCUCAUCGCCUUGGCCACAUCUUCCAGCUCGGCCACUUUGCCCAUCACCUUCAAGUGCCUGCUGGAGAACAACCACAUCGACCGGAGAAUCGCCCGCUUCGUGCUCCCCGUGGGCGCCACCAUCAACAUGGACGGGACGGCGCUCUACGAAGCCGUGGCCGCCAUCUUCAUCGCUCAGGUCAACAACUACGAGCUGGAUCUGGGCCAGAUCAUCACCAUCAGCAUCACAGCCACCGCGGCCAGCAUCGGGGCCGCCGGCAUCCCGCAGGCGGGUCUCGUCACCAUGGUCAUCGUGCUCACCUCCGUGGGGCUGCCCACCGACGACAUCACGCUCAUCAUCGCGGUGGACUGGGCCCUGGACCGCUUCCGGACCAUGAUCAACGUCCUGGGCGACGCGCUGGCGGCCGGGAUCAUAGCUCACAUCUGCCGCAAGGACUUUGCCCGAGACCUAGGCCCAGAGGGUCACAAGCCGGCUCCCUGCGACACGAAGCCCGUCAGCUUGGAGGAGAUCGUGGCGUCGCAGAGGAACGGCUGCGUGAAGAGCAUGGCGGGGGCCCACGGGCCGGCUCUGGCCACGGCCCUUCUCUCCCACCACGUCCCCGUGCAAGUGGAGCAAGACGAGGAGCCCGCUCAGCCCGCGCCCAGCGCCGAUCACUGCACCAUCGAGAUCAACGAGCUGGAGACCAACGUCUAGACGUCCUCCCCGGCUGCCAGCCCGGGCCACGGGGAGGCCAGGAGGCUCCCGGCAUCUUCUCCGACUCGCGGGGUCUGAGCACUGCCCAGGGCCCGCAGGCAACGGUGGGGCGCCCACCCCAGAAAAGCCCCCGCCGUCUCUGCAGCAGGAAGCCCACGGGGUCGCCUCGCUCCCGGCUCGGCCGGCUCAGAGGCGCGAUCCUGGCAAAGGGACGCCCGCUUCUUUUCCCUAGGGCUGCCCUGCUGAGACCUCUGCCACUCCUGGGUCCUAGCUACCCAGACCCUCAGUGCUCUGCUGGAAGCUUCUCAGGAGCCCCGGCCAUGGCCAGAGCAGCUCAGAAACCCAAGGUCCCCUCAGGGUCAGGGAGGGCCUGGGGGAGCCACAGCCUUCAGGUCCAGAGAGGGAGCACCAGGUCCAGAAUGGGGGAGGUCCAGAACGGGGGAGGUCCAGAGUGGGGGAGGUCCAGAGCGGGGGCUCCAGGUCCAGAGUGGGGCCUUUAGGUCCAGGGUGGAGGUUCCAGGUUCAGAGCGGGGGUUCCAGGACCUGGGGUCCCUGGGUUUUGUUCUGCAUCCCGAGGGGACUCUCCCUGGCUGAGAGGUGAGAGACGGCCAAGCCCCCUUGGGCUCUGGCAAGGGCCUCUGACUGGGAGGCCGGGUGCAGGCUGGGGCUCAGGACCUCUGAAAGAGGGGCCUCAGCAGCCCAGCCCAGCAGGCCUUCUGUCUUCCCGACACCGACCAGAGACUUCCUGUCCCCCCAACCCCAGGCCAUGUUCUGGGGAUAGAGGAAAAGACGGAGACGGCCCCUGGCAUUGGGAGGAAGAUGCUGUUCCUGCUUUUUGUGGGAGUAUAUAACAAACCUGAAGUUCUGGAGAAAGCCCGGGAUUUGUACUCGUCACUGGGGAGGGUGGGAGGCGAUGGCGGACAAGGAGGGGAGGGGUGAGAGGAGGCAGCAGCAUCAACAGUCUGGCUGGUGGGAGAGGGCCAGCCUCAGAGCGGGUCAGGGAGCAUCUAUUAAGCCCCUAGGGUUUGCCUGGCCCUGUGUUCGGGAAGGACCACGUUGGUGACAGCUUGAACUGCUUAAAGAGCUCAUUGUUAAACUCUCCGUGUGACCAGUUACACCUGGGAAAUCUGCGAACUCGGCAUCUCGUGGCGGGAGUUUGCGUCUCAUUGAUUGUCUAGACUUAAGGGAAUGAUGGAAAGAAUUUUUAAAAUCCAAUUUUAUCAUAUUUUCAUCUCUGAAUUCUCUCCUUCCCACUCUCUGUGCUUACACACACACACACAC